AAAUAUCUUUUGCCUUCUUUGGAAAAAGAACUGCUUUUGGCAGAACACAGUGACCUUGAAGAAGGUGGACUAGACCUAACUGUGUCAUUAAAACCAGUUAGUUUCUAUAUAUCAGACAAAAAAGAAAUGCUUCAGCAGUGCUUCUGUAUCAUAGGGGAGAAGAAGUUACAGAAGAUGCUUCCUGAUGUGUUAAAGAACUGUUCAAUAGAAGAAAUUAAAAAACUAUGCCAGGAACAGUUAGAACUCCUAUCUGAAAAAAAAAUCUUGAAGAUUCUUGAGGGUGACAAUGGUAUGGACUCUGAUAUGGAAGAAGAGGCAGAUGAUGGCUCUAAGAUGGGAUCUGAUUUAGUCAGUCAACAAGACAUCUGUAUAGAUUCUACUUCAUCCAUGAGGGAGAACAAGCAACCUGAAGGUUUGGAAUUAAAACAAGGCAAAGGGGAGGAUAGUGACGUACUCAGUAUAAAUGCAGAUGCUUAUGACAGCGACAUAGAAGGCCCAUGCAACGAAGAAGCAGUUGUUCCUGAGGUCCCAGAAAAUACAGUCCAGAGUGAAGCUGGUCAGAUAGAUGACCUGGAGAAAGACAUUGAGAAAAGUGUGAAUGAGAUUUUGGGACUGGCAGAGUCUAAUACAGAGGAACCCAAAGCAGCCACCCUGACUGUUCCUCCACCAGAAGAUGUUCAGCCUUCUGCACAACAACUGGAGCUGCUAGAACUUGAGAUGAGGGCAAGAGCUAUUAAGGCACUAAUGAAAGCUGGUGAUGUGAAAAAGCCAGCAUAG